AUGUCAAUGAUUGGGUUUGUUCAAACCUUAAUUCUUUGCAUCUUGCUGCCUUGUUGGGGUCAAGCAAGUCCGAUUUCUUCUCUCAGAGAGCCGAGGUCUUUCUCAGGAGAGCUCGGCAUGGCAGACCAGUCAAUGCUGGACCAGGAUGAUAAAGUGGAUGUUCAGACACUUCUGAACCAGUUCCUCUCUAUGUUAAAUUUAACAGAGCAGGAGCCACAGUCAAGGUCUCAGGCUGAUCACAUUGAGACACCAGAGUACAUGCUGGAACUGUACAACCAUUAUGUAAAUGACCGCCGCACCAGGCCUGAUGCCAAUAUUGCACGCAGCUUUAAAAAUGAAGACACCUCCCCAUAUAGCGUGACCACCGGAGGCGUGAGGACACACCCCCUCAUGUUCAACGUCUCCAUCCCCCAUCAUGAGCACAUCAUUGCAGCUGAGCUCCGCCUCUUCAUGCUAAUCCGUCCAGAUCCCCAACACUACAACAGGGUCAACUGGAAGGUGACCAUUUUUGAGAUGGAGACGGAAGGCAGGUCUUUGUUUGAGGGCAUGCCAGAAACAAAUGCUCUGGUUGGGACCCAGCAGCUUUUGGCAAGGUACGGCCAGAGUGAAAGCAGCGGAUGGGAGGUGUUUGACAUGACUGAUACCGCUAAAAAAUGGCGACAGUCAGAGAGCACAAACCACUGGCUGGAGCUGCAUAUUGAAAGUGUGAAUGAUGUGGAUCAGGGGAAUCAGAUACAGAAUGAGAAAGAUGGUGUGUUUCUAAUCCAUCUGGACAUUGAACAGAAUUCGGGAGGAAAGCAUGAACCAGUGUUGAUUGUUUUCUCAGAUAAGGACCAUCCAGGGCAUAUGACUCCAGAAGAUAAUAAUGGUCAACUGAAUAAUAUUGCAUUGUUUGUGGAUGAAAAUGAAGAACACAAGCAACAUAAUGAGGCCUUGUCAACGCAAAUACACUCAAACAGAGUCUACAAAAGCGCCCCUCGAACCCGCCGCCACGCCAAGGAGAGCCAGUGCAAGAGGACUCCACUCUAUGUGGAUUUUAAGGACAUAGGUUGGGACUCGUGGGUCGUUGCUCCACCGGGCUACGAUGCCUACGCAUGCCACGGGGAGUGCACUUUUCCUCUACUUCCGCAAACGACACCAACCAAGCACGCACUGGUCCAAACGCUGGUGAAUUUAAAAAGCUCUCAGAGGGUCUCGCGGGCGUGCUGCGUACCCACCAAACUGGAACCGAUCUCCAUGCUGUACCACGAAAAUGGCCAUGUAAUUUUCCAAAACAAAUAUGAGGGCAUGGUGGUGGCAGAGUGCGGCUGCAGAUGAAAGAGGACACGCGCAAUCUCUAUCUCGAGUUCGCUGAUGCUGAGGAAAGUCUUCAUCAGUUGAUAUGAAAACAUAUGAACAAAUGGAUGCACCAUUAUGAUGCUGCAUUAGUGUGAUAAUUUAAUUAUCCAUAAGCUCAGAGUAAAAGUAAAAUACAUUGUCUAUGGCACAAAAGCAUGCUGCUUUGUAAAAAAAAAAAAAAGGUUUUAGGCUUUCACUUAAUGUACUGUAUAUCUGCUUUUUGUAAAUGAUCCUUGGGUUUUCUCUAUUGUAGGGUUUCCACAGGGUAAUAUAUAAUGCCUGCACAUGCCUGAGGAUUUAAAAUUAUAAUAAAAACAAACAUAUUAAUUUUAAAUACAUAUUAGAGCGCGGUGGAUAGCACUGUCAGUAGGUAGCACUUUCACCUCGGGAGCUCUGGUUUUCUCCCACAGUCCAAAUACGUGCAAGUGAGGUGAACUGGAGAUACAAAUUGUCCAUGACUGUGUUUGACAUUAAAGACUUAAACUGAUGAA